AAUCAAACGAUAACGCAAACAACAAAACAAGUCAAUCAAAGUGUUAACGACUACAACUUACAACGGCACGACUGUUAAGACGUUUUCCUUUUCUCGUUAAUUGUCGUUCGCGAAAUCGAUAUAAUCUUUUGAAUUCAAAUGGUUUCCGCGGAUUCGCACGUAUUGCGCGUAGGACGUCGCGACGUUUCAAGUCGAUGGCGAACGCCGUCGUAGUCGUCGUCGUCGUCGUCGUCUAGAAAAUGAUAUCCCGUCAAAUCCGGUCGCAAACAUAUUUGUGAAGUCGACGUUAUGACUAAUUAACAAUGAGCGGAGUGCAGUUCAGGGAAAUCCACAAAAACUCGUGGUUGAGAAAACUACCAGCUGGAAUUGAUAAGAAGUCUGCUCUGAAACUCACUGGUGGACAAAAACUAUGGACUGUUUUUUGUAUACACGACGACACAGAACCAGUGUUGGAAUUUUAUGUAGACCAAAAGAAAGCAGCUGCACAUCGUCCAGAUAAUGCUGUACCACUAUCAGAUACCGUCCAUGUUUCUGCUACUAUAUGUCCAUUACCAGUGAUGGCGGGUGAUCAUCAACAACAGUACCCGUAUGAAUUUGUAAUAACUCUCACUUCAGAUGUAGUACGUUUAGCUGCUCCUUCAUGGAAUCAGAUGAUGGAUUGGGUUCAAGGUUUGGAUUUGAAAUUACGUGAAAUGCAUAUAUUGUCACCAAAAGAAAAUGUCUAUACCAAACCACCAGAGUCUAGACCCCCUCUAUUACCAACUAGAGAUCCUAACUCUCCACUGCCUCCUCCACCGUUACGUGAUUUGUCAACAAAUGUUUUACCGGGCGUUGAACCAGUUGUCUCAGUAGUUCAAUCAAUAGGCACAGAGGACAGUCUUUCUUCAGAAAUUGAACAAACUUUUUUAACUCCACCUAUUAGCCCUAAUCCAAUUCCUAGUGAACCAGUAAAUAAUGUUACCAUUGUAGAAGUAAUAAAUCAUAAUCAAGUAUUCAAUUUUAAUCAAAUGGAACAAGUUUUAAACCAAACAAAUGAGCAACCAUCUCAAACAUCAUCUGAACCAUUAAUAAAUUCUCCUAGGCCUAGCAGAUCAUCAAGUUCUACAUCUGAAAAUGUUGCUGCUUCUCCAAGACAGUCUAGUAGACACCAUCAAGUUCGGAAUGCGUCUAUUUUAGAAGAAUCUGUUAGUGGCGCUAGAUCUAGCAGUCAUUCAGAAUUUAGUGAUAGAACAACACAUGUCGAUAAUAUGCCACAAAGAUCUACCAGUGAAGUGCCAAAUGAAGGUCAACGAAUUAAAGUCAGAAUUGCUGAACCAGAAGAUGGUCGGCAUAGAAGAAGGCCAAAGAGACAAGAUGUUAUACCUCCGACAACUGAUCAAGAAGUAACUAGUAACUAUGAGCAUUUAAUAUUACCUACCGCUAUGCAGUCUAGACCACCACCGGCUUUAUCCAAUUCAAUACCUGCAGAUAUUGCGAUAUUACCAACAAGAUCUCAACUACCAAUUGGUCGAGGUCGUGGCGCUCGUCGAAAAGUUAAUGGCGACAGUUCACAUCCUGCAUUAGGAGCCGAUAGAAUCCGUGUAGCAGUAAAUAGUAGCACACACAAUAUGUUACAGCCAGUUCCAACACCGUUUACCCCCACAGAAAACAGAGAUUUAUUUAGUCCUAGUCGAUUAACUGUUCGUGAAAAGCAAGUCCUACAAUUACGAAAAGAAAUGUCCCAUCUUGCUGGCGUACGGUUACAAUUGAGACGUAAAGAUUGUAUUAAUACUAUUGCUUUGGUUGAUGUCUUUCAAACUGUUUGGAUUGCUGGAUGGAAACAGAAAGAACAUCCAAUGUUGCAUAAUGCAUUACAUUUAGGCGAUCAAUUGUUGAGUGUUGCUGGAAAACCUGUAUCAUGUUCAACGGAUGCUCAUAAAUUAAUACGAGCAUGGCCAAGUCUUUAUGUUGAAUUAAUCAUUAGGCGUGUUCCUUGUGGACGAGUAUUUGUGGUACGUCGACAAGAGCAAGGCCAAGACCUUGGAAUCAUUCAAGAAGGGGGUACAGCUGAAAUUAAAGAUAUACUGCCGAAUAGUUUAGCUGCUGCUCACGGCUUAUCAUCUCGCACUCCUACUUUAGAUGGAUUGUCAUUUACUUCUUGGACACUAACAGAAAUCAAUUCUCGUCCAUUAAACUUAUUGUUUAAAGAAACUGAAGUCAGAGACCGCCUGAAUGCAGUCGGAUUAGACAUAUCAUUAUUAGUGCAACCAACUGAUCUUAUAUCAGCACUACGCAAACAGCUUAAAUCCUUAAAAUCAUUCAAAGACUUCUUGUUGAUAUAAAGUUCACUACAAUUACCGGAGAAGAUCACGAAUGCAGGGUCAAUGCAGAACAAAUAUUUAUUAGAUACCUAUAAUAUUAAAUAAGAAAUAUCAAACCAUAUUUUACUAUAUAUAGACUAAAAGUAAAUAUAUUUUUACUACAUUAUGAUUUACCAGCCUGAAUGAAAAAUGGGCUUCAGAAUUUUCACAUCAGUAUUUUUUUUAUAAUAUUUAAACUUUAAAGUUAUUGUUUUCUGUGAUAAUUUUGGCAAAAAAUAUUGAUCAAAUUUUGAGAAUAUAUAUUAAUUAUAGUUUUGUAAUUUUAAAUGUCAGUUGGCCUAUGCUAACAUAAACAGUUAUAAUUGAAAACUGAAUCAUUACUUUAUUAAAUAUUGUGUUAUAUAUUUUAAGUCAAUAUUGUAGAUUAUACUGCGUCAUGAAUGUGCAAUAUUAUUAUAUUUUGUUGUGUUUUUGUUCGUAAUGUGUUUAGAAAUUAAAUUGUAAUUAUUUCUUUUUGCAUUAAAUGAUUUGUCAUACCAGUGGCGUAUACAGGAUUUUUAUAAAAUUGAUUAAAAAAUUAAAAACUCAUUUCAAAUUAGUGAAUUUUUAUUUUAAUGUAGGUGCUUUGUAAAUCACAAUAAAAGUUCUUCUUUUUUUAGUUUUUUCCCUCCAAUUCAAUAGUAAUAAUUACUUUUCUAUGAUACGGAAUAAAUACAAUUUUUGUGACUAAAAAAAGGCAAUUUAAGGUUUCAAAGGUUUGUGACCAUCUAAAACCCACAUCACGUGUACGCCACUAUAUCAUACAGUGUUCAACAAAGCCAUAUUGUAGUGCCAAAAGGACCAAAAUGUAGAGUCAAAUAUUUCUUGCCUAUUCUAUGUAUUCAAAAUGAUAUUUUUUUAAAUAAUAGUGUGAUGAAAAAUGUUUAUAUUAUGUAAAAAUGGCUUUUGCGAGUUAUCUACUAGUUUUUCAAUGUAAUCUUGCGAUCGACUACAGUUAUCACUUAUUAUAAUAUGAUCCUUUAAAGGUAUUUUGUUAAUACUAAAGAAAAAUGUUAAUAUUUAACGAUAUAUUUUUUUAAGGGCUGAAAUAAUAUUUAGUUAGGCCUUAGGCACUUAACCAUAUUUUCAACUUUUUCUUUAGUAUUUAUUUUAUUGAAUUAGGAUAUCAUAACUAAAUAUUAAUGACUUAUUAAAAAUGUAAUUUUAGUUCAUUGUGGUGAUUUGGUGAUGAACAUCUUACAUCAACCAUUUAUAUUUUACUGUUUUAUGGCACGUGUGGGUACUAUUAAAAUAUUGGAAUUAAGUGGACGCUACACCUACGUGUUUUGUCUACAUCUUACAAAUGUGCAACAUUGCAACAACUGUUUUGAUCUGGAUCAAACCACUCAGGCUAUAUAGUGAUAGUUAAGACUCCAAAUCGAUAUACAAUAUAGUUCAGAACAUUAUCUGUGAAAUAUUGUUUUUAUUUAUUUGAUAUCACUUAUAGAAAAAAGUUCUUACCGUUUAAAAAUCCAUUAUUUUCUGGGUUUUUCAAACCUCAAUAACAUUUUUGUAGUUCCGAUAUCGAAAAAUAAAACCCUUAUUUCAUAGCUAAAGUUCUCCUUUUCAUGUGGUGAAAAUGUCGUUUCUUAGUAAUUAAUAAAUGUAGACUUCUUGGUUGUUUCCCGCACGAAAACAGUUUUUACUAUAUUUUACAUGUGUAAGAUGGAGACAACACAUGCGGGUGUAGGGGCCUUUUAAGUUAAUUUUAAAAUAAAAAUUUAAUUUAAAUUCAUACCUACAUUUUUAUUAUUAUUUUAAAUCCAAAACCCAAAAGUCCAAUAGAAUUAUAUGAAAAGAAUAAGAAUAAUUAUGAUUAGUAUUUAGUAAGUUGUAAGUUUGAUAGCUGAUACAUUUUUUGUCAAAAAUAUUAAAUAGAAUAUACAAAGACAAUGUACACCAUUAAAAGAAAAAAAACACUUAAUGUAAAUGUAACUAUGGUAAUACCUAUUAUACAUUUUAUACUUUAUAGGAAAUCAGUUUUUUUAGAUUUAUAUUAUUGGAUAAACAAUGUACUAAUAAUUUAUUUACUAAAUGUUAUUUUUACACACAUUUGUUAUAUUAUUACUGAUACAUGGCGUCCAUAAAAAUAAAAUAUUCACAAAACCAAA